GGAUUUCACCCAGUGCGAUUCUUACAUAUCGGAUUUCACCGCUAUUGAGCACCCGAUAUGCAAACAAUAUGGCCUGAGGUCGUUUAUAACGCUUACGAGAGAUGAUAACCAGGCUGUAAGCAGUACUCAGGCUCGCAUGAUGCUUUCUACACUCAUGGUCGCGCUGGCCGACGAACUGCCUCACUUUCCGGUUUUUGCACAGAUUGGAUUCGGCAACGAUUUUCGGUUCCAGGGCACAUACAUCCGACCUACCGAUACCACUCACUUCCGGGAUGCCUACCUACCAGGGACACCGCAGAAGUGUAUGCUUGUGUCGCAGUUGGCGGAUAUGUUCGACCGAAUGGACACGCGUGGCGGUACACAAAUAAACGGCUCGCGAUUGCCUAUGCUCAUCAGUGCACGAACCAGGU